UGCUCUGGUAUUUUCCAUUUGGCGUGGCAAUUGUCGAACCUCUUGACGCACUUGUUGCUGAUUACUUCUUUGCACUUCUUGUCGACGUGGUGGUUCGUCGUGAAAUGAAUUCAUGCAUUCGUCGGUGGCUUGGCGAAUGUUGACGAUGUUUUCCAGAGCUCGUCGCAAUUCUUUGUGUGUCCACUUCUUAGGCGAGUCAAGUUCCUUUGCGAUGAGUUCUUGGAGAAUGCCAUGUGGAAGUUUGGACUUGAUGAUGUUGCAUAGGAACAUAGGCGAUUGGUUGUCCAAAUAUUCCAAUUGAAGACAAAUUCUUUCAAUAUCCUUCUGGAAUUGCGUGAGUUCGCGAAGGUUGUUCCUGAUCGGCGGAAGUUUGAGAAGUUGUGCCUGAAGUUGGUUGCUAAGUUGGUCGUCGUUACCAUACUUCUUUUUUAGAAUUUCCUUGACGAUUUUGUAAUUGUCAUCGGAUGGUGGAUAACCACUAAUUGCUUCUCUGGCUGCUGAUCCUUCUUUGAGGUAUUGCAGAAGCAGGAGAUGCUUCUGAAAAGACGGAUACUGUUGCUUGUCGACUGCAUGUUCAAAAGCUGCCCAAAAGGUGCGCCAAUCACGUAUGUCGCCACCAAAUGAUGGGAGACGGACGCUGUCGACCUUCAAAGCAUUGCACAAUGGAAGGCCAUAUUGUGGUUGCUGGAAUGAGUUGGUAUGCUGAUAGUCGUAAGUUUGACGUGAUGUCUCAUGCUGAUUUCCAAUACUCGGUUCUUCAAAGUCUGGCGCGCUGGGCUGACGCAUUCGUCGAUUUUGCCUCCAAUCAUUUUCUUCUUCGUCGUCAGAAAGAAAUUGACGUCUUUCUUGGCGCAACGGAGUUUGAUUGUCAACCAUGUUCGCUGAUGUUGAUCCUUGUACACUAG